CUUAUAUGUGUGUGUUUUGGUCGCGUUUGUUUAUUGUUUUCUUAAGUAUUUACGAAAGGACGCAUAAUAACAAAGAACUACAUAGUUUAUACAUUUUUUAAAUUUGUAAUGGCAGAAAUGGAAACCCAAAGUAAUAAAAUGACAAUCUCAGAGGAAACAAUAACGCAGACCCGCAAAGAAUGCGGAAAAAGGGGACGUAAACCAGGAAGAAAGACGUCGACAGAAAAAUUGGAUAUCAAGGCAAAGCUUGAGCGUAGCAGGCAAAGUGCUAGAGAGUGUAGGGCACGUAAGAAACUGCGGUAUCAGUACCUUGAGGAGCUGGUUGCGGAUCGGGAGAAGGCAGUAGUUGCGUUACGUGCCGAAUUGGAGCGCGUCGUUAAUACAAUGGAAUAGUCAGUUAAGCGAAAACAACACCCCCAUCAACAAUGAUCAGUUGCUUCAGGAAAUCGGAAUCCUCAAACAAGAAUAAUAUUUUUAAUUUCUUAACACAUUUAUAAUAAAUAUAAGACAUAUGCUAUUUAUGUUAUUACUUUAACAAUGAAAAUUAUGUUUGUUUUUUAAAUAUAAAGCUUACAAAAUUGUCCUAGUAUCAUAAUUGCAAAAACAA